CUCCUCUCCCUAGCCUACGGAGGUCACUAGCACUGAAGGAAACUGUGCCACCAGCCUCGGGAUGGGCAGCUGCAGCAAGGAGAUCCUCUGGGCUCUGGGUUUCCUGCUGUUACUGGGCACCAGCUCUGCCCAGGGCACCUGGGGGGCAAUGCUGCGGGCCAGGCUGGCUGAGAAGUCUCGAGCUGAAGACGCUGUACCGACAGGACCCCGGCAGCCCCACGCAGACCGUUGUCCACCACCCCCACGGACCCUGCCUCCAGGUGCCUGCCAGGCCACCCGUUGCCAGGCUGACUCUGAGUGCCCACGCCACAGGCGCUGCUGCUACAAUGGAUGUGCCUAUGCCUGCCUGGAGGCUGUGCCACCCCCACCAGUUCUAGACUGGCUGGUGCAGCCCAAACCCCGAUGGCUUGGUGGCAACGGCUGGCUGCUAGAUGGUCCGGAGGAAGCGUUACAAGCAGAGGCGUGCAGCACCACUGAAGACGGGGCUGAGCCAUUACUCUGCCCCUCGGGCUAUGAAUGCCACAUCCUGCGCCCAGGGGACGCAGCCCAGGGCAUCCCCAACCAUGGACAGUGUGUUAAAACGAGACGACAAGCUGAGGAGCGGGUCCUGCGACAGAAGCAUCACAAGGAAUAUCCAGAAGGUGACUCCAAGAACGUGGCAGAACCUGGGAAGGGACAACAGAGGCACCUUCAAUAAAGUGCAG